ACCGCUGCCAGCGAAACGAAAAGUACAACAACAAGCAAACAGCUCCUCGCUUGUCUCCUUCAUCAUCGAGUGGUCUGCCAUCCGCUCCGACACACGCCCGAGGAUGAGGACUUCGACCACGGGGCUUGAUGCUGUGCGACGGUGGCGCCGAUAUGUGGUGAUGCGGCGAACACGGAGGCAGUUUGAGGACCUGGUGCUGGCAAUUGAGGGCAGCGCGGCACAGGUGCAAUGGCCACCAAACUCGCUCCGCCCCGUGGUCUCGUCGCCGCACGCCCCAUGGUUGUGCACGCCACAACAACAACAACAACAACAACAACAACAACAACGACAACAACAACAACAACAACAACAACAACAACAACAACAACAACAACAACAACAACAACAACAACAACAACAACAACAACAACAACAACGACAACGGCAACGACAACGAGGACAAUCGAAGGAAAGCGAGGAGGAGCACCGGGAGGAACACGAAAAGGAGUGUGGGAAGGGGCAGAAGGACCAGAAUCAAGAGGAUCAGGAAGAUCAAGAACGUAGAAGGAGUGAUAGCGCACUGCAGGUUGGACGCACCCAUGAGCAGGAGCAUACAAGGGAGCAAAGGGAAGACACGCACGUUACACAACAGCAACAACAACAGCAACAGCAACACGUGGCGCGGGGCACAUGUACAUCCCCGACUCUGUGGCUGUUUCCAGAUGUGCAUCCACGCCACGAUGAUGAGGUGCAGAGCGAGGUGCCGGUUUCCGUUGGUGCUGGCGGUGGUGAUGAGGAAGAAGCUGGCCACAUUUGUGACCACCCCCAGCUUCCACAGCUGCAACAACGACGACAACAACAACACCAACAAAGGCGACAGCAUCGCCUGCGUGAAGAGGUCGUGCCCGAAAUUGCGACCGUUGGUGCCAGGCGAGACACGGGCCGUGACAUGGCACCAGAGACAGCCUCGGUGCACACAACAGUCCCUGGGUUGCACGAUCACCACCACCACCAUCACCACCAGCAGCAGCAACAGCAGCAGCACCAGCAGCAGAAGUGGGUUGAUGAUGACGAUGACGUGGAUGAUCCUGAUUUGUCGAUGGCGCUGUCUGAUUUGUCGCUGCUGUCUGUAUCGACCAUUUCUACGCCCGACCCUUCGGAGGAGGUACACAGCUCGCCUGCCCACACGGAUUCCACGCGAGACACGCUGCAAACGCCAUCACCGCCGGCCUCAUCGCUGCACUCACCAGCGCACGUGCUCGGCCACAGUCGAGAGCACGAAGCAAGGCAUACUGAGCACCCUGCUGCUGUUGCAUUCGGCAGUGGUGGCGGCGGCGGUGCAACAGCUGGCAUUGAUCGCCACCCGCAUGCACCCACGCACAGCAGCCAUAGUCAUCAUGUGCGCGGGGUGCGAGAUGAUGGCGCCAAGGCACGUGGCCCAAAUCACCAAGAUGAAGAAGAAGAAGAUGAUGAUCACCAACCACACCAGCACUGCGAGUCAAGCAGAACACGCGAGCAGUGGGUGCCCGUGCCCUCAGCCAACGCCAAUGCCACCACCGCCACCACCACCACCACCACAACAACGUUCUCUGUGUCGCGGCUGCUCAAGCUGCGGCAGCACAUCAUGAUGGAGCUGGACUGGACGCGCCAGUGCCUCGCCUCACGACUGCAGAUGCAGCAACACCUUCACACCAUCCAAACCCCAGACCGGGAGAUCCCAGCCAAUCUGUUUGUGUAUCCAGAUGCGCUGAAGGAGCAAGUGACGAAGGGACUCAGCCCCGUCGCUCUGUGCAAGUACUCCAUCCUCCCACAAGAGGAGUUGCAGGCAGAGCACGUUCGUCCAGAGUCUGUGCAGGAAGCGCGUGCGAUGGGCGCCCUGAUGGGCCUGGUGGAUGGCGAUGCGUUGGGGGCGCCGCUGGAGUUUAGUGCUGUGCGUUACGGGUCGACAGAGCACAAGGGCAUGGAGAAGUCAUCUGGCCUGUGGAAGGACACGUCGCACUACAAUCGCUUCAGGCUCAAGCCUGGCCAGUGGACAGACGACGCAAGCAUGGCGCUCUGUCUUGCAGACUCCCUCCUCACCCACCAGGGAUUUGACCCAUGCGACCUUCGCCUUCGCUUCCUGUAUUGGUGGAGCCAUGGAUACAACAACGCCUUUGGCCACGACGAUCCCGUUCGCCAUUCCGUCGGCCUUGGUGGAAACAUUGGCGCCUCGCUUGACGAGUUUGUGCGUCCGCGCCCCUUUAUCGAUUACGCGGACCGGCAAGCAACCACCGCGGGGGACACAUCCACAUCAGGCAAUGGCUCGAUCAUGCGCCUUGCCCCUGUCCCCAUUCGUUUCGCUCGCGCCAACGACACCGCAACCGCCCAGGCCGUCGCCUGGCAGCAGAGCAAGACAACCCACCAAGGCCACGAGGCAGCGCACUGCGCAUGUCUGCUGACGCACAUCAUGAUGAGCGCAAUCUCGGCGCCGGCAGACGCGACGCCCGAAGACGUGAAACAGCUGGCACUCGGCAACAUCGACUUUACGCCGAGCGGGCCUGAGUCGUACAGCAUCACGUGUCUUGCGAAGAGCAUGGACGAGGAGGAGCACGCAGAGAACAGGCACCUCGACCUGAACGAUCGAAAGUGGAACUGGAAGAGCAAAGACUACAGAUUCUGUGAAUCACGCGCAUCAUCACAGCCGGGAUAUAUUGGCAGCUACAGCAUGGAUGGACUGGCGAUGGCGCUGCAUUGCGUGUGGACAACAGACUCGUACAUCGCUGCUGUCCUCAAAGCCGUGAACCUUCGGGGUGACGCCGACACGGUCGGGGCAAUCACGGGCCAGCUUGCCGGCGCCAUUUACGGCUAUGAUGCAAUCCCUCAAGCGGAUGUGGACGCCAUCACCACGUGGGAUCCACACGGCACCAUUGCAAAACGCGCGCGCAGACUGUACCGCAACGAGUUUCUGUGA